AUGACAACACUACAAAUUUGUGCUGUAAAACGAAAAGGGAUCAUUCGCGUUUUAGUUGGACUUGUCAUGUUUACAACACUAAGUGUGAUCUUAGAGCUAUCUAUUGCUGACUGGAGGUACGACAUCGUAGCAAACGGGAACCCAGAACCUCCGCCGGACAUUCUCGUAAUCGAUGUUGUACCAACCGUCCAGCCCGUUAAAAAGAAGAAGAUAGAAUACCGAUCGUAUGAAAAAGACUUCUCUUAUCCAUCUUUUAUCAACCUCGCCGCUAUGGUUGAUGAGGCUAUUAAGAGAAACUUAUCAUAUGUGCAGAAUCCCCCGAUCAACUACCAUCCAUACAAGUACAUUAAUGUUCCUGCCACCUGUCGACUACCGAUAAGUGAUGAUUCUGUAAAACGGAUUCUCGUUAUUGUGAAAUCUUUUGUAGGUAAUGUGGAGAUGCGUGUGGCUGUGCGGUCGCUUUGGGAGAAAAUUAAAGACCCUUAUAUGGCGCUUGUUUUUAUGCUGGGCGAAUAUCCGAAGGACAAUGGCGGCAGACGCUGGCCUAUAGACAGAGAAAACAGAAUCUACAAAGACCUCAUACAGGAGAACUUUGUUGAUUCGUAUUUCAACAACACAAUCAAGACUGUCAUGGGAUUUAACUGGGCAGUAAAACACUGUCCUCAAGCAGAUAUUCUCUUCUUUCACGACGACGACUAUCACGUGAAAUACACUAAUAUUUCCAUUCAUAUAAGGGAAGUGUUAUCUGCUAAUAAAACAAACAUUUACAGUGGGAGUUUGGCUGUAAAAGCGAGGCCAUAUCGUAACAGAGGAGAACGAUGGUUUGUUACCGUUCAUCAGUAUCCAUUUGACAUAUUCCCACCUUACAUAGGCGGCGGAGCUUACAUCGUGUCCGCAGACGUGGCGCGAAAAUUUCAAAUGGCGUUUCCACACGUUAAGUAUCUGAAUUUUGAUGAUGUGUAUUUAGGGAUUGUGGCUAGAAAAUUGGAUAUUAAACCCACCAGCGAUAUGCUUCUGGAUACCCUUUUCCCAGGGGCACUCGCCGAGGAAUGUUCCCAUAAAGCGGAUGACUUGUUCAGAGGACAGUGCCCUCUAGCGAGCAAGAAAAGGGCAAUAGCAAACACACCGGAAGUCGUUGAAAACGAUAUGAAUAGCUCUUUAAGUUUAAACGGAAGUGAUAUGUCCUAUUUAUCAUUUGUAGAUGUUUUUUCGUGGCCAUUAGAAACUAAAUUAAAAGCGGCCGUUAACGGAAAGAUAAUUCAUAACCAUAAGAUGAACUUGAGGAACAUUAACUCUCAUCCAUAUUUAUAUACAAGCGAACCAGCGAAAUGUAAAUUUUCCAAAAAAAGUAGGAAUAUCAUUAUAUUUGUGAAAUCUUACGUUAAAAACAUAGAACAAAGGUCAGUGAUACGGAAGAUGUGGAACGAAUCUCUGCAAGCUCAUCCAGCAUCCCUUAAGCUGGUUUUUCUUCUCGGUCAGGGCAUCUAUCCGGAAGACAGGUCUCGUGUCGAAAUGGAAGCUGACAAGCAUUCAGAUAUUUUACAGGAAGAUUUCAUCGAACACUACAGAAAUAAUACAAUCAAAUUUAUCAUGGCGCUGAAUUGGUUGAUGACAAAUAAAGCAUGCUCUCAGACAAAACUGUUACUUUUCCUCGAUGAUGACUAUUUUGUGCACCAGAAAGAAUUAUUAUCAUACUUAAACGAUCUAUCCGAUCUUAGUAAUAUUUUCAUGGGAAAAGUUAUGAAAAAGCAAGUUCCUUGUCGACUUCAAUACGACAACAGAAAUUUGUUAUAUAAACAGUAUCCAUUUGAUGCCUUUCCUCCCUAUAUCAAAGGUGGUGCCAUUUUACUGUCGUACGACGUGGCUCAAAAGUUCCAACUGUCCUUUCCCUUUGUGAAAUACCUUCCUCUGGAUGACGUGUACCUGGGUAUCGUGUCUUGGAAGUUAGAUGUGAACCCAAAACAUAGCCCAAUUUUUGACACGUCUCGUCGUUCUGCUUUAGUAUACGAAUGUUCACAUGUUGCCACACGACUAAUUAAAGGAAUAUGUCCUCUACGUGCACAAAUCACUAAGAAAACUGUCCCAAAAAUUAUCAGACGAAAAGAAGGAUUUUUUUCACGAUUGAUGAAAUUGCCUCAGAUUUUAAAGUCAUUAUUUCAAGGUUCAUCAAUAUAG